AAAAAAUAGUGAUGACGUCAUAGAAGAGGAUUUUCGAGGAAGCGGAAUGACUUAGCUUUGUUUGUUCCUGCACGAUUGGCCUUUUAACUCCGCUGAUUGUUAUUUCACUUGAGACUCACAUCCCAGAAGAGAAGAUGACUCAGUAUCGGGCAGAACGGUGGAAAUACGGGACGCGCCUCUCUCCAGUGCUGGAAGAACCCGAUCCCUGUCCGUCUAGUCCUACUGCAUCGGAUCUACGGGAACAUCUGCUCGCUCGAUACAGGGAGAUAAAAUUUCAAGUUGGAAUUGUAGUGGAACGAGUUGUUGAUCAUCUCCUGGAUGAGAACCAGAAACUGCGGCAAGAAAAUGAGCAACAAUACAUUGACCUUGGCCUCAGAGAUUAUAAACUGGAGAAUUUCAACUACAUGCUCAGCUGCAGCAUGGGUCCCGUAGAUUUCCAGGAAGUGAAACAAAGGUUGGACAAUCUCGCCAAAAGCUGGGAGUCGGAGAAACAGGCGGGGGUGCGUCAGAGGAAGAUGCUGGAGGAAGAGCUGAAACAGCUGAGAUCCUCUCAUCAGCAUGUUGUGAGUGAACUAGCAGCCCUCCGGCCACAGACUGUCCAAUUGACCUGUCAGGUUCCAGACAAGAAUCGGACAGGCCCCACCACCAUACCUCCCCCAGUCCACCCAAGGAAGGUUCAUAGAUUAUGCACCAGAAGGUCCAAGAAUGUCACGUGCAGCAACACAAAAUGGCGAACGAAAGACCCCUCUGCCUCAGGGGACAGCCUCAACAAGGCCAAGGUCACAACCGAAAGUAAGAACAAGUCGAAGGUCAUUUCCGACGGGGGAAUUAUGUCCAAAGAGAAGCCAAGUCAAAACACCCAAAAGAAACCCCUCCCACCUGCAAGACCUAUUCGGGUAACCAAGGAGGCCGCUGUUCGGAAGACGCGAUAAGAAACUAACUUUUUCUUUCAAAUGACUGUCAAUGUAAGGUGUGAACAGUGCCAGAAAUUGUACAUUUGCAAUACAUUAGCCACAUGUUAAUGAUUGGUUCAAUUUAGCAAAUGAAUAUAAUUGUGGAUUUUU